AUGUCCAAAGGCUGCAUCCAAGUCUGCCGAGGGCGGCAGCCCGCUCGAUCAGCUUUGCUUCGAUUCGCCGUGGUGUUGCUCUUCGGGGGUUUGGGAGCGCGGUGCUGGGGAUUUACAUUUCUGGGCUGCCCCGGCCUCGGGUGCAGCUGGAGACCAGGGCCGUGUCGAGCCCACCGGCUAUCACAGCCGUGGUGGAGGCGCCAAGUUGGCGGGAGCUCGGGCGCGGAGCUUCUCGGAAACCUGACAAAUGAGAGCAUCGCCGUGCGCUAUGCAGAGCUUUGUAGAGAUUUCAACGUGCGCGUCAAGCGGGGCAAGGCACCUUACCGCUUGACUCCAUUGGGCUUCAGCAAGCUGCAAAAAAAAUGUUGGGACGUGCUUGGAAGCAAGGUGAAAUUGAGCUACGUGGGCUCUCGCCGGGAUGGUGCGUUCUCACAAAGCAGCAGCGACUUGGACAUUUGGAUCACUGCGCAAGGGAACCACCCUUUCAAGUUCACGACUGAAAGGAAGGAGGCACUCAAGAAGAGUGUAGCUCAGCUAGAUUGGGUCGAGGAUGUGGUAGCAGGAGAUGUGUCGGUAAAGUUCAAAAUCAGAGAUCCCGAUGAGAACCUUUCCAUUGCUGUAGACCUUGCCCUUUGCCCGAAUGAUCCGGAAGAUUUCCCUCUGCUUCGUGGCAGCCCCAACCGAUGGGAGAAUGACGAGCGCGUUGAUGGAUUUAUGCUUGAACACCCAACAGCUGGAGUUGCUGUCAGUGGAGUGAAGCAGCUUCUGACAACUCGGCCUAAGGGGAUUCAGUUGAAGGCCCUGGUGCGCAGAGUCGCGCUCUACUACAACUUCUCAGUCAGCGAUCGCAGCAAGCACCAGGCGGGUACAGACGUCAAUUCCGAAGCUUUCGAGCUGUUCUUGCUGCUUCUCCAUGAGCUGCGUAACUGGAACGUGUCCCGGGCUUUUGGCUCCGACUUGACUGACGACCUGGCUGGGCAUCCGAAACGUAAGCAGCACGCGGAGCGCUUUGAAAGGGCUGCGGAAGAGAUAGAUCGAGCUGCCUGGCUUGCAUGCUUGGACGAACUGGAGGAAGAGAGCGGUUUCAUCCACAAUACCAGGCCAGAACUGGGUAGGCAUCCCGACCGCCACUGCUUUGUCCUUCCUGGGAAUCGGAGUGAGAAAGGCGGAAGUUACAAAUACAAGUGCAUCUGGUGCCAAGAUUACAACAGAGGGGUGGGCCUGCAGCCUGGAGACCGCUGCAAAAUAUGUAAGCAAGUUCAAAUUGAACAUCCAAGAUUCCAGGAGAUAAAGCAAGAAGUUGAGCUCGCGGAGGCCCGUUUCGCAGCAUCUGCAGAUGAGCCUGUCCGUGGUCGUUAUCUGGUCAAGAUGAAGACUGACAUGCCCAAAGGGACGAAUCAAUCGCAAUCUCGUACCUUGGCAACGAAUCGAAGCAGCUGCGACAGCAAACUUGAAGCGGAAUCGCACGUGAAGGCCUUCAACGCAAAGAGGAGUUGGGAUCAGCUGAGGGGCGCGAAGCCAGGAGAAGUCAUCACGAAGCUGUGCCACUUCUAUCAGCAAAGGUACGGCAACACCCCAGAGUUUAAGUUUGACAUGCGUGGUGACCAGCGUGGUGAACCGCCGGUCAGUUUUCGUGCGACGGUGCUGCUUCCAUCAGACAGUCGCGUGGCUACCGGUAGUUGGGAGGUGUCGAAGCGGAAUGCCAAGAUCUCGGCAUUGCGUGAAGCCCUGAGCGCGAAUCCGUGCGGUGGCCGUAGUUUUUCAGAGCUUUUCUGA